GAUAUCUGGCAACUGCGAGCGUUCAGAAGCUCCUCGAGAAAUUUCGUAGAAAACGGUUAAAAUGUCGCAAUAAAUUGAUAAUUAAUUGUAAAAAGUGUUUACAAGUGAUCUAUUAAGUGUAUUGAAAUGAAAAUUGCAUUGGAAAAUGCAUAAAAAUGUGAAAUCAAAAGGCUGCAAACCUGAUUUGUGAAGAGGCAGGCUUUUUUCAUCGUCGUAAAAUACAUACAGACAUUCUCACGCACACACACGCAGCUGUAUAUAUGUAUAAAUAACGCGCGGGCGCGAGAGAGAGAAAGAGCGUGAGUAGAGUCGAAUGUGCAAUUGUAUGCGUGAGUGUUGUUGCGCUGUUUUGUGUGCUCGUAUCGGUGAGAGAGCAGCGCGCCAAGCAGGCGAAUGCGAGAGCAAAGCAAAACCAACAAAUAAGUGAACGAAAAUAAAAACGAAAAAUACCGAAUAUCGAACAAGUCGUGUGCGUUAAAUGUUGAAUGCUGAAUGUUAAAUAUUGUUUGUGAGUUUCUGUGCAUUUCUGCAAGGUGAAUUAUGUUUUGACAUAAACCCAAAAUAGUUGGAUACAACGUAAUAUCAUAUUGGAAGAACAAGAGAAAGAUUCAAGAAAUCGCGCUAAGACAAAAAUUCGCGCACAAACACACACACACACAUGCAUACGCAUACGCGCACACAUUAAAGUAUAUAAAUGCGCAAAAAGUGUGCUAGUAUAAGUGUGAGUGUGUUGCUAGUAUGUAAUGAUGUAGAUGAUUGCAAUGAUAAUGAAAAUGAUCAUAAUGAUAAUAAUGAUGAUGAUGUUUUUGAUGUGGCAGACGCGACCGAACUGCUAACAUAGUUGAGCAACGUUUCGCGAAAGUACAGCAAUGUGGAAAAUUGUAAAUACAACGACCAAAAACUCAAAACGCAGAAAAACUAAACGCGCAAAAAGAAGAAUUUUCAUGCUCGCGUCACCAUAAGACAUCAUAAAGAAAAGAAAAACUGUCGUAAAAAGGCAGUCAUAAAGGAAAACCCACCACUUAACAGGGUAGUGGGCUUCAACAAGAACAACACCAACAACAACACAGCCGCUGCAAGGAAAGUUUGUGCCGCCAACAACGCGUUGCAAAUACAGCCGGGUCAACAUAAACGAUUUGCCAAUGCAAAUACAAAUGCAAAAAAUCAAAGAUCAGCAAGUGCGUAUAUUAUGGGCCGCUCUAAGUUCCCCGGGAAACCAUCGAAGUCGAUCAAUCGUAAACGGAUAAGUGUCCUGCAAUUGGAGGAUGAUGCAGCGGCGGCGGCUAGCGCUGCAUCCACAGCGGCAACAGAGCAGCAUCAGCAGGGCGAACAGAGCGCCGGCUCAGCGUCGCGGGAGAAAGGCAACAAUUGUGAUAACGAUGACGAUGAUAAUGCGCCAAGCGGCGCGGCGACCAGCGGAAACAGCGCUGCGUCAAGUGGAGUUGCGAGUGCCACAGCCGAAGGUGGCGGCAGCACCGGGAAUGGAUCCAGCGGAGGCAGCACUACAAAUGGUGGCAAUGUAAAUGGAGGCAGUCACCACAAGAGCGCCACAGCGGCAUCCGCAGGGCCGGCUGAGGUCAAGGAAUGCAAAAAUCAAGGCAACAAUAUCGAGCCUAACAACUGCAUUGCCGCUGGGCCCGAUGAGGCCGAGGACACAAAUAACGAUGACGACGAUGACAGCGGCAAUGACAAGAAGGCAACAGCCGGCGCUGCUGCCCUCGUUGUCUCUGCGGCUGCUGGUGCUGCCGCCUUUGGGCCUGGGCUCGGUGCGUUGCAGCGUGCACGCAAAGGAGGCAAUAAAAAAUUCAAAAACUUGAAUCUGGCCAGAGCGGAGGUGAUGUUGCCUUCAACGUCGAAACUCAAGCAACAACAGCAACAGCAAUUGCAACUUAAUUGCCCUUCAUCGUCUUCAUCAUCAUCUGCUCCUACGACAACAAAGGCGACGGCUUUAGCGAUAGCUGCGCUGGCGGCGACAGCGGGAACGACGUCAACGUCGACGUCGGCGUCAAGCAUGCCUGGGACGUCACUGGCAGCAACUGCUGGGGGCGGGGGAGGCACAGCUACUGGCCUGCUAGCGAACCCCUUUGCCAGCGUCGAGACAAAAGUGGUCGAGGCAGCAGCCGCAUCAGCAGCAGCAGCAGGCGCUGGCGAAGAUGUUGCAAUGCUAAAGACUUCAAUCGAAAUGGGCAAUGAGGCCGGCCCAGAAGUCACUGUCGCUGCAGUCAAAUCGAAUGGGUCCAGUCCAAAUGCCAAUGUCGUGGCCGGCACGAGCGCUGCCCCAGGGGCCCCAACGGCGACAAAGCAAAAGAAAACGGUCACCUUUAAGAACAUACUCGAAACCAGUGAUGACAAGUCGGUCGUGAAGCGUUUCUAUAAUCCGGACAAUCGGGUGCCGCUCGUUUCGAUCAUGAAGAAGGAUAGCCUCAAUCGACCGCUCACUUAUUGCAGAGGCAGCGAGUUUAUUGUGCGUCCCUCCAUACUGUCCAAAAUACUCAACAAGAACUCCAACAUCGACAAGCUCAACUCGCUGAAAUUUCGCUCGGUGCAUGCGUCGUCAUCCUCCGUACAGGAAGCCAGCUCCACAAGUCUCUUUGGCUCUGGCCUGUCGCGAGCUUUUGGCGCCCCAAUCGACGAUGAGGACGCCGUUUCGGGGGGUGUCACGUUUCGAAAGCAGGAGCCUCCGUCCAAAACAUCUGAAGACAACGACGAUGAUGGCUCGGCAAGUAGCGAUAAUAUCGAGGAUGAUGAGGACGUUGAUGAUGAAGAGGUGGACGACAACGACCAGGCGCCGUCGGAGAAGAAUGCCGAAACAACGGCUAGCCUGGAAGAAAAGGAUGACGAGGAUAGGCAGCUGGUCAUGGAUAAACAUUUCGUGUUGCCCAAACGAAGCACGCGUUCAUCUCGCAUCAUAAAGCCCAACAAGCGUCUGCUGGACGUGGGCGGGAUAAGCAGCAAGAAGAGCACCAGCGAUGUCAUUAGCAAGCCCAAACCGAAGAACUACUUUGGGCUUGGUGACUUUGCCAACGAAACGCUCGCCUCGACGUCUUCGUCGUCAGCAUCAACGUCAUCAGCUUUAGGCCAGAAGCUUUUGAAGGAAACAUUUCCUAGCUUUGGCUCCGUGAAGCUCAACAGCAGCUUUGUGAUGCGUCAGCCGCGCCUGCAAUUCCAAACUGACAAGAGUGGAUCGUUUGUAGGCGCUAAGCUAGCCACAGCGGUGCCAUUGCCUGCAUCAUCAAGUGCCAUUUCGUCAGUAAAUGCUUUAUCCUUUGGCUCUCUCAAUAAUGCAAAUUCAGCCGUAGCUACGUCAUGUGCUAUUUGCUCAGCACCAGUAAAUAACAAGGAGGCGGCGCUGGCGCGAAAAUAUGGUGCAAUUGCCUGUGAGGUUUGUCGCAAGUUCAACUCCAGAAUGACAAAGAUAUCCAAGCAAUCAACGCCCACACAGCCCGUGCAGCAGCUACAGUGCAGAGGCACAGACGGUGGCAACUGCAGCAUACAAUCGACCAAGAGCCAAUUGAAGAACUUCAAGAAGCUCUACAAGGAGCGCUGCACGGCGUGCUGGCUAAAAAAGUGCAUGUCAGCAUUCCAGCUGCCCACGGCGCAUAGAAGCCGCUUGAGUGCCAUUUUGCCCGCCAAUAUGCGCGAAGAGACUGCACCCAAGGAUGACAAGUGCACGGAGCUGUUGUCGCCAACGGCAAGCAUGCGCUUUACAGCGCCGACUAGCUCAGCAACGUCUGCAAGCUCAAGCUCGACCAUCAUGUGGAAAUCCAGUGGCGAGUCUGCAGUUAACUGCAUCAAGUCGAAUCCUCUUGCAGAGAAUAAUGUUACCUUUGGCAGUACUCCAUUGCUUCGUCCCGCAAUACUCGAAAAGCCGCUGUUCUUAAAAAUUGCCAACGAUAAUAAAAAACCGAAAGAGUUGAAAGUCGCAUCCACGGAGGCUGUUCGUGUAAGUCCUGGGCCCAGCAUCAGUGAACCGGCAAUCGCGCCAAACAAAACAACGCGAAAAGCCAAGCAGGACAAGGAGAAAGCAAAGGAGCAGGAAGGUGAUAAGCAGCUCAGCCCUAGCGUCAAAAAGGCGACUGAGGCCAACACAUCAGAGACUCAAAAGGAUGAACAACAACCAGCAACUGCAAUUGGAACACCUGUCAAUAGCUCUUCUACAUCUCAAACUAACUCCGCCACGACCACCAACAGUGCAAUGGAGACGGCUGAGGCAACCUCCACAACGACGGCGCCGGAUAACUUGAAGCGGCAACGCAUUGAUUUAAAGGGGCCACGUGUAAAACACGUGUGUCGCAGUGCGUCCAUAGUCCUUGGGCAGCCGCUAGCCACAUUUGGCGACGAGGAAGAUGAAUUGGCUGCGGUAGAGGCAGCACCACCAACCACUGCAUCAGAGGCCAACGUCAAAAAGCCUAAGUCGCCGCUGCCCGUGCAAAUGAUCAUCGACGAAAACGAUAAUUGUGCCACCUGCAAACCAGCAGCUAAUGAAGUCGUAGCGGAAGCCCAACCAGUUGUUAAGAGUGUGCUAGAAUCGAAGAGCGGCAAAUCAAGUACGCAAACAGAGGCUAAAAAGACGACAGCUACAUCGGGCUCGUCUAAGGGCAAGGUUACCACGCGGAAUGCGACGGCAACUGUGACAUCAGCUGCUAGCGGUCUGGUGGCCAACAAAAAGCAGCGCAACUACGAGGCAAGCAGCAGUGCUGGCAGUCAAGCGGCUGCUCCUCAAAGUCGUCGUGCGCUGGCCAAGGAGGUCAAUCGGCUGAAGGUGUUGAUUUCAAUCGAUUUCUGGGAGAACUAUGAUCCGGCUGAGGUGUGUCAAACGGGAUUUGGGUUGAUUGUCACGGAAACAGUUGCGCAGCGAGCACUGUGUUUUCUGUGCGGCUCAACGGGCUUGGAUCCCCUUAUCUUUUGCGCCUGCUGCUGCGAGCCCUAUCAUCAGUAUUGUGUGCUGGACGAGUACAAUCUGAAGCACAGCUCCUUUGAGGAUACGCUGAUGAACAGCUUGUUGGAUACGUCCAAUAAUGCUUGCGCCCUUUCAGCGGCUUCCAAUGCGGCACUGAAUCAGCUGACGCAACGGCUUAACUGGCUGUGUCCACGUUGUACCGUAUGCUAUACGUGCAACAUGUCGUCCGGAUCGAAGGUGAAGUGCCAAAAGUGCCAGAAGAACUAUCACAGCACCUGCCUGGGCACCAGCAAGCGGCUCCUGGGGGCUGAUCGGCCUCUCAUCUGCGUGAACUGUUUAAAGUGUAAGUCCUGCGCCACCACCAAGGUAUCCAAGUUUGUGGGCAAUUUGCCCAUGUGCACCGCUUGCUUUAAACUGCGCAAGAAGGGCAACUUUUGUCCAAUCUGCCAAAAGUGCUAUGACGACAACGACUUCGACCUAAAGAUGAUGGAGUGUGGCGACUGCAACCAGUGGGUGCACUCGAAGUGCGAGGGCCUCAGCGACGAACAGUACAAUCUCCUGAGCACGCUGCCCGAAUCCAUUGAAUUCAUAUGCAAAAAAUGUGCUCGACGUUGCGAUGUCUCCCGCAACAAAGCGGACGAAUGGCGACAAGCUGUUAUGGAGGAAUUCAAGUCGAGUCUGUACAGUGUGCUUAAGCUGCUCAGCAAAUCGCGGCAAGCUUGCGCCCUGCUAAAACUCAGUCCACGCAAGAAACUGCGUUGUAGCUGUGCAAAUGGAGUAGGCAGUGCGGGCGGCAAGGCUCAUAGUCAAGGCAAGCUACAGCCCAAGGCGUUACAGUUUACCUAUAACGGGCUGGGCAGCGAUGGUGAGAGCCAGAACAGCGAUGACGUCUACGAGUUCAAGGAGCAGCACUGUGCCAAUCCAAAGCCGUCGACGCCGGUGCCAUGCACUUGCCUGCAGUCAUUGAGCCAGUCACAAUCGUUCAGUUUGGUUGACAUUAAGCAAAAGAUCGCAAGCAAUGCAUACGUUUCGCUGGCUGAGUUUAACUACGACAUGAGCCAGGUAAUACAGCAGAGCAACUGUGAUGAGCUAGACAUAGCCUACAAGGAGCUGCUUAGCGAACAGUUUCCCUGGUUCCAGAAUGAGACCAAAGCCUGCACAGAUGCGCUCGAAGAGGAUAUGUUUGAGUCGUGCGGCUACGAGGAACUGGAGGAAUCACCGUCGACAUAUGCCGACCAUCAUACAGCAACGCAGCCAUCGCGUGCUGGUCUCUUGGACAUACCACUGGAUGACGUAGAUGAUCUGGGCGGUUGUGCAGUCAAGACGCGACUUGAUACGCGCGUUUGCCUCUUCUGCCGCAAGAGCGGCGAGAGACUCUCUGGAGAGGAAGCGCGUCUGCUUUACUGUGGUCACGACUGCUGGGUGCACACGAACUGCGCCAUGUGGUCCGCCGAGGUGUUUGAGGAAAUUGACGGCUCGCUGCAGAAUGUGCACAGCGCUGUGGCACGUGGUCGCAUGAUUAAGUGCACCGUUUGCGGAAAUCGAGGCGCCACAGUUGGUUGCAAUGUGAAGUCGUGCGGCGAGCACUAUCAUUAUCCUUGUGCGCGCAGCAUCGACUGUGCCUUCCUCACCGACAAGUCUAUGUAUUGUCCGGCACAUGCCCGCAAUGCGCUGAAAGCCAAUGGCUCUCCGGGCGUUACCUUUGAAACGAACUUCGAGGUGUCGCGUCCAGUUUAUGUUGAGCUCGAUCGUAAGCGCAAAAAGCUGAUUGAGCCCGCUAAAGUGCAAUUCCAUAUUGGAUCGCUAGAGGUGCGACAACUGGGCUCGAUUGUGCCGCGUUUCUCCGACUCCUUUGAAGCCAUUGUUCCGAUCAACUUCCUGUGCAGCCGACUUUAUUGGUCGUCCAAGGAGCCCUGGAAGAUCGUGGAAUACACGGUGCGCACCACGAUACAGAACAGUUACUCGACGACGCUGACACUGGAUGCGGGGCGAAACUUCACUGUGGACCACACCAAUCCCAAUUGCUCCCUAGUGCAGUUAGGACUGGCGCAGAUAGCGCGCUGGCAUAGCAGUCUAGCUCGUAGCGAUUUGCUGGAAACGGAUUGGGCCGAGUUCCCCAAUUCCUAUGUUUCCCCCGAUGAGAACACCGAAGAGGAACCUCAACAGAAUACGGACCUCUUGCCGCCAGAGAUAAAGGAUGCCAUAUUCGAGGACUUGCCGCACGAGUUGCUCGACGGCAUCUCCAUGCUGGACAUAUUUAUGUAUGAGGAUCUGGGCGACAAGACCGAACUGUUCGCCAUGAGCGAGCAAUCCAAGGAUGGCACAACGGGGACAUCUCAAGCGACGGGUGCUUCAGUGAGCAUCUGCGACGAUGAUACGCGCAACUCAAAUAGCUUAAGCAAGCAACUGGAGCUAAGCAAUUGCUGGCCAGCCAGCAAUCCCGUUGAAGAUGCCAUGUUAUCCGCUGCACGCUGCUCCAAUCAGGCGAAGCAGCGCAGCGAAGCGCUCAAAAAAACAGCCACGGCCCAGACUCGUUCUUGGCCCAAGAUGGAUGGCAGCAGUGUUGCGGUCUUUAAACGGCGCAAGCUCUCCAAAAACAUUGCAGAGGGCGUGCUCCUCAGUCUCAAUCAGCGCAACAAAAAGGAAAUGGCCACCGUUGCCGGCAUCACGCGGCGUCAGUCUAUCUGCGGCAGCAACGAGCUGCCCGUGGAAGGAAAUGCAGCCAUGCGCACCAAGAGCUUUACGUGGAGUGCAGCAAAGCGGUAUUUCGAGAAGAGCGAAUCUCGCGAUGAGGCUGCCAAGUUGAAGAUUAUGCAAAUGGAUGGCGUGGACGAUUCGAUCACCGAGUAUCGUAUAAUUGGCGGCGAUGGCAACUUGUCCACGGCUCAGUUCACGGGUCAGGUGAAAUGCGAGCGUUGCCAGUGCACAUAUCGCAACUACGAUUCCUUUCAGCGUCAUUUGGCCAGCUGUGAGCCUAUGUCCACCAGCGAAUCGGAGUCCGAAACGGCAGCGGGCACCACUCAGCUUAGCGCCGAGAGCCUCAAUGAACUGCAGAAACAGGCAUUUGCCGCUGCCACGCUAGGCAACACUGGCGGACUCAACUAUUUGCAGACAUCCUUUCCUCAGGUCCAGAACCUGGCCACCUUGGGCCAGUUCGGAGGUCUACAGGGGUUGCAAGCGCUGCAACUGCAGGCACAGUCUCUGGGCAAUGGCUUCUUUCUCUCCCAGCCGAAUGCCACACAAGCCACGUCCAAUGGCAACGAUGAGCUGCAGCUCUAUGCGAACUCACUACAAAAUUUGGCGGCCAACCUGGGCGGCGGCUUUACGCUGACACAGCCAACUGUUAGCACGCAAGCGCAACCACAGCUGAUAGCCCUGUCCACGAAUCCGGAUGGAACGCAGCAGUUCAUACAGAUACCACAGAGCAAUGGAGGUGCGACACAGUUGCUGCAGACAACUGCGCCGACUGCAAUGCCGACGACCACAUAUCAAACAUUGCAGGCGACCAAUAGCGAUAAGAAAAUCGUUCUGCCGCUGCGUGGCACAGGCAAGCCGCUCAAGACGGUGGCCACUAAAGCAGCACAGCAGGCAACGGCGGCGGCUAAACAGAAGCAGCUGAAAUCAGCGCAAGGCGUGAAGCCCAUUCAGGCGAAGCUGCAGCCCCAGCAACAGCAGCCGCAGCAUCAGCAACAGCAGCCCAUCACAGUCACCGCUGGCACCACCCAGCUGCUUGGCCAGAACUUGUUGCAGCCACAGCUGCUCUUCCAGAGCAACGCACAGCCGCAAACAUCGCAGUUGCUGUUGCCGCAAACGCAGGCACAAAACAUCAUUUCGUUUGUGACCGGAGAUGGCAGCCAGAACCAGCCGCUGCAAUACAUCUCGAUACCCACUGCAAACGACUAUAAGCCACAGCAGACGACGGCUACACCCACAUUCUUGACAGCUCCAGGCGGUGGUGCAACGUUUCUGCAAACAGAUGCAAGUGGAAAUCUAAUGCUAACCACCGCUCCAACCAACUCGGGCUUGCAGAUGCUGCAGACACAACCUCAGGUCAUUGGCACGCUCAUCCAGCCGCAGACUCUGCAGCUAACCACUGGAACGGAUGGAACGCAGAGUAACACAGGACAGCAGCCGCUCAUAUUGGGCGGCGCUACUAAUGGUGGUGCCACGGGUCUGGAGUUCGCCACAACGACGCCACAGGUCAUACUGGCCACGCAGCCCAUGUAUUACGGUCUGGAAACAAUAGUCCAAAACACGGUGAUGUCUUCCCAACAGUUCGUUUCUACAGCCAUGCCGGGAGUGCUCAGCCAGAACGCUAGUUUCUCGGCCACGACGACGCAGGUAUUCCAGGCCAGCAAAAUCGAACCGAUUGUCGAUCUACCCGCUGGCUAUGUGGUGCUCAACAAUGCUGUGGAUGCGGGCAGCAGCUCGGGCUGGAAUACGUCCAGUGUACUGCAGCAGAGCCAGUCGCAGACAACCGACGACGCCACUACACAGCUGCUGCAGAAUGCUGGCUUUCAGUUUCAGACUACGCCCACCACAUCCACGCAUCAGACCAUGUCGGACUAUGUGGCCCCAAUGGUGGUUACAGCAAAAAUACCGCCGGUGGCACAGAUGAAGCGUAAUACAAAUGCGACAAAAGCAAAUAUCUCGGUGCUAAGUAAGGUUCAGCCGCAGUCACAGCAACCCCAAGUGGUCAACAAGGUGCUGCCCACCAACGUGGUUACGCAGCAGCAGCAACAGUCACAGCAACACCAGCAGCAACAGCAGACACAGUCAAAGCAACCACUAACGGGACAUGCUAGUGCGAAACUUACGUCACAAUUUCAGCGGCAACAGCUGACUAACGAGUUAAAGAGCAAACAACAAGCGGUGCAUCAGACGGGCACCACGUGUGGCGCCCCGCCCAGCAUAGCAUCGAAGCCGCUGCAGAAGAAAACCAACUUGAUCAGGCCCAUUCACAAGGUGGAGGUGAAGCCCAAGCUUAUGAAGCCGGCAUCCAAACUGCCCACGGCAGCAGGUGCAAUUCAGCAUCAGCAGCAGCAACAGUCGCCAGCAGUGGCCAAUCAAGUGCCCAAGGUGUCGCUGCUGCAACAGCGCUUGCCCGCACCACUGCAACAACAGCAGCAACAGCAGUUACAGCAACAACAACAGUUGCAGUCGCAACAACAACAACAGCAACAGCUAUCCGUACCGCAACUGCUGACCACACAGCAGCCCAUCAUCAGCAUAGUGGGCGCAUCGGAGCCACAGGCCACCACACAGUUCGUGAUGACGCCGACGGUGCAGGCACAGCCCAUACAGCUGCUUGAGCAGCAGUCGCAACAGCCGCAGCAGCUGCAGCAACAACAGGCACAGCAGCAGACGGAUCUUCUCAUAAAUGGUAAUCCUACAAGGCUGCAGCAUUAUGUCAGCAAUUCGUUACCCACGAAUGUGGUCAAUCCGCUGCAGCAGCAGCAGCCGAUAGCCGUUAACGCUAACAACAGCACCACUGUGGCGCCGCAGAAUAGCAUAACAAUAAAUAGCCGGCCCACGAACCGGGUGUUGCCCAUGCAACAGCGUCAGGAGCCGGCGUCUCUGAACAGCGACAUCGUGGUGCAGUCGCCAACGCCACCUAAGCCCAUAGAGGAGCCAGUUGCCUCGGUGGCAUCCACCCAGAAACCUGUGGUCAAGUGUUACGCACAGCAGGAACAGAAAUCUCCUGGCUACGAUACGGAACUCAAGACGAGCGCCACAUUGGAUAGUCUAGUGCAGACGAAUUCUAUAACCACGCUGCAGUUACAACAGCAGCAACAGGAGCCUAUCUACAGCGAACACGUCUUCGAGAAGCAGUCGGAGGCACAGCAACAGCUGGAGAAGCCCAAAAGCAACGAUCUCAUGCUCAUGGAGUCCACAUCGUGCCAACAACAGCAACAUCAACAACAGCAACAGCAUAUGGAUAUAGUAAAUAAUGGCUUCCAGCUAACGUCUAAUGAGAAUUGCCUGCUUGAAAAACAUGGCUUCCAUGUUGAAGAGGUGCCUAUGGAGACUGAAGAUCACUAUGGCAGUCUGAAGAACGGCAUCGGUAAUGAGGGGCUCAGUCAGCUGGAUGAUGCCGAUGAGGAUGAGGAAGAUGAUGACGAUUUCAGUUUAAAGAUGGCAACAUCAGCAUGUAAUGACCACGAGAUGUCCGAUAGCGAGGAGCCGGCGGUAAAGGAGAAGAUCAGCAAAAUUCUAGACAAUCUGACAAACGAUGAUUGUGCCGAUUCAAUAGCCACGGCGACUACAGUCGAAGCGAGCGCUGGGUAUCAGCAAAUGGUUGAGGAUGUGCUGGCCUCGACUGGCGCUGGGUCAGUGGCUACGGAUGAUGAAGCCUUCACAGCCACCGCAGAGGAGACGGCAGCAGUGGAAGCAGCGGCCAGCUACAUUAACGAAAUGGCCGAAGCACAUGAGCUGCAACUGAAGCUACAGGCGGGCGUUGAGCUGGAUUUGAAGAAACCCAAACUAGAUCUACCACAGCAGCCGGAUACCGUGCAGCCUAAUGUGGUGCCUACAGCAGCUGCUCCACAGCAACCGCCGUCAAUGCGUGACCCCAAGAGGAUAAGCGGGCCACAUCUGCUGUACGAGAUUCAAAGCGAAGAUGGUUUUACCUACAAGUCGAGCUCAAUUGCCGAGAUCUGGGAAAAGGUAUUCGAAGCUGUGCAAGUCGCACGGCGAGCUCACGGUCUCACGCCGCUGCCCGAGGGUCCGCUGGCUGAUAUGAGCGGUGUGCAAAUGAUUGGCCUUAAGACCAACGCACUGAAGUAUCUAAUCGAGCAGCUACCAGGGGUCGAAAAGUGCGUCAAAUACACGCCCAAGUAUCAUAAGCGCAAUGGUAAUGUAUCCACAUCUUCCGGAGCUGGACAUGUGGCCAGCGUAGCUGGCAACAAUGCGGAAAUUCUUGGCGCUGGAACAGAUGGUCAGGCGCUUAUUGACUACGGCUCAGAUCAGGAGGACCUGCAGGAGAACGCAUACGAAUGUGCUCGCUGCGAGCCGUACAGCAGUCGCUCCGAGUAUGAUAUGUUUAGCUGGUUGGCGUCCAGGCAUCGCAAGCAGCCCAUACAGGUGUUUGUGCAACCUUCAGAUAACGAACUGGUGCCCAGACGUGGAACUGGCAGCAAUCUUCCCAUGGCCAUGAAAUACCGUACGCUGAAGGAGACCUACAAGGAUUACGUUGGCGUAUUUCGCUCACACAUCCAUGGACGAGGUCUCUACUGCACUAAGGAUAUUGAAGCGGGUGAAAUGGUUAUCGAGUACGCCGGAGAACUGAUACGAUCUACGCUGACGGACAAGCGGGAACGGUAUUAUGACAGCCGCGGCAUUGGCUGCUAUAUGUUCAAGAUUGACGACAAUCUCGUUGUGGAUGCCACAAUGCGUGGCAAUGCGGCACGCUUUAUCAAUCACUCUUGUGAGCCGAAUUGCUACUCGAAAGUCGUUGAUAUACUUGGGCACAAGCACAUCAUAAUCUUUGCCCUGCGUCGCAUCGUGCAGGGCGAGGAGCUGACGUAUGACUACAAAUUCCCAUUUGAAGAUGAGAAAAUACCCUGUUCAUGCGGCUCAAAGCGAUGCCGCAAGUACUUAAACUAGGCAAAAGUUAAUAUGCAUAUAUAUAAGCACAUAUAUAUAUAUAUAAUACCAGAAGUGGACGGCGCAGUGCGCUUGUCCAGGACAUACUCAAUGAAGAAACAAGCAACAUGUGUAGUUAACGGUUAUUUCGAUCUAAUUUUUGGUCAAUCGUGAUACAUUUCAUUUGAUAGCAUAUAUUUUAAGUAGACGUAGAUAAAACAGUUGUAGAUGUAAGAGUUAAAACGUUGAUAUUAUAUAAAAUAUAUAUCCCAUACAUAUUCGUAUAUAAACAACUAAUAACACCACAAUAUUACGCGACUUGUGCUCAUAUAGGACUUCCGUAUAUGGCAAACCCAUUGAUAUAACC